GCAGGCUCUGGUUCGAUCCGGUCAGAAACGUCUGACAAUCCGAUCGUCAAUGCGCUCUUCUUCUGCAUCUGGCCGUGUUUUGGCACACGCACUGAACCUGAUCAUGCAGUUGGUCUCGCCAGCGCGGUUCCUGCACCUGCACAGACGAGCAGUGCUCCUUUCUCGGGAGCGGCGGGGUCAUGUCCGGCUGGCAUGCAAGGAGCCGCUACUUCGCCUCACCAAGGGGUGGGUAUAGCUGAGAUAUCGACAGAUUCGGCGUCCACUCCUAGGCACACUUAUCCGCCUUCAGGUCGCAUGUCAGCGGCAAUGGAGCUAUCGACUCGCGAUCAGAUACCGGGACUGUCUUCUGCUCAAGUGGAGACGGCCGAGGGACUUUCCCCUCACAGACAAACAAUGGAGUCGCCUUCCGCGUAAGCAACUCAACAAUAGAAAUACAUCAGUCAUGUACAAAGGAAGUCGAGAGCGAAAACACGCCUGGAAUCAUUUUCGGC